ACAGACAACCAUUCAGCACCGCCCGAUGUGACAGGCCUAUCAGAGCGCUCUGUGCAUGUGGAGCGUCCCCAGGUUGCCUCGGUCCGGGGGGUCCCCAGGGGCUACAACAACUCCAACCUGCUGGAGACCGCAGAUGGCUCUGAUGGGAAUGUUGCCGGGGUGUCCCUAGCGAUCGAUGGGGUGCCGGUGAACAGUCGCGUGUCGUCGAAGAUCCAACAGCUGCUCAACACACUGAAGAGGCCCAAACGGCCGCCGCUGCGCGAGUUCUUCCUCGACGACUUUGAGGAGUUGCUGGACGUCCAGCACCCAGACCCCAACCAGCCAAAGCCAGAGGGUACGCAAAUGAGCCCCCUGGAAGGAGAGCCGCUGGGUGUCGUCUCCAACUGGCCCCCGUCCCUGCUGGCGUCUCUGCAGCGAUGGGGCACCACCCAGCCCAAGAGCCCCUGCCUGACUGCGCUGGACAACUCUGGCAAAGCCGUGUACACCAUCACUUACGGGAAGCUGUGGACACGUAGUCAGAAGCUGGCAUACACGCUCCUCAACAAGCUGAGCUCUCGCAAUGAGCCCCUCCUGCGGCCGGGUGACCGGGUGGCGCUAGUGUUCCCCAACAAUGACCCAGUGAUGUUCAUGGUGGCAUUCUAUGGCUGUUUACUGGCAGAGCUGGUCCCAGUGCCCAUUGAGGUGCCCCUCACAAGGAAGGAUGCAGGAAGUCAGCAAAUCGGAUUCCUGUUGGGCAGCUGCGGGGUCGCCCUGGCCCUGACCACAGACGCCUGUCAGAAGGGUCUCCCCAAAGCACAAACGGGAGAGGUCGUGACCUUUAAAGGCUGGCCACGGUUGCUGUGGUUCGUGACGGACGGGAAGCACGUGGUGAAGCCCCACAAGGACUGGCACCCCCCCAUCCGGGACGCCAGCAACGAGACGGCCUACAUCGAGUACAAGACGAGCAAGGAAGGCAGCACCAUGGGAAUCACAGUCUCGCACGCCGCCAUGCUGGCCCACUGCCACGCCCUCACGCAGGCCUGCAGCUACUCCGAGGGCGAGACGAUCACGAAUGUCCUGGAUUUCAAGCGAGACGCGGGUCUGUGGCACGGGGUUCUCACGAGUAUAAUGAACCGGAUGCACGUGAUCAGCAUCCCGUACUCCCUGAUGAAGGUGAACCCCCUCUCCUGGAUUCAGAAAGUGCACACAUACAAGGCACGGGUCGCGGUGGUAAAGUCCAGGGACAUGCACUGGUCGCUCUUGGCCCAGCGAGACCAGCGUGACAUCAGCCUCAGCUCGCUGCGGAUGCUCAUCGUCGCCGAUGGGGCCAACCCCUGGUCCAUCUCGUCCUGUGACGCCUUCCUCAACGUGUUCCAGUCUCGUGGACUCAGGCCAGAGGUGAUCUGCCCUUGUGCCAGCUCCCCCGAAGCUAUGACUGUCACCAUUCGCAGACCUCCAGAGAUGGGCGUGCCCCCCCCGGGAAAGGCGGUUCUGUCCAUGAGUGGGCUCAGCCACGGCGUCAUUCGGGUCGACACAGAGGAGAAGCUUUCGGUUCUGACUGUGCAAGAUGUUGGCCAAGUCAUGCCUGGUGCCCUGGUGUGUGUAGUGCGGAUAGAGGGGACGCCGUACCUGUGCCACACCGACGAGGUGGGUGAGAUCUGUCUGAGCUCGAGCAGCACUGGUGUCUCCUACUUCGGCUUGCCAGGCAUGACCAAGAACGUGUUUGAGACCAUCCCCGUAGCUGCGUCGGGGGCCCCCAUCUCUGACCGGCCCUUUACGAGAACCUCCCUCCUGGGCUUCGUUGGACCGGAUAACUUGGUGUUUGUGGUGGGGAAGAUGGACGGCCUGAUGGUGGUCAGUGGGCGGAGGCACAAUGCUGACGACGUUGUUGCCACGGCGCUGGCAGUAGAGCCUAUGAAGUUUGUGUACCGGGGAAGGAUUGCGGUAUUCUCGGUGACGGUCCUCCAUGACGAGCGGAUUGUGGUGGUGGCUGAGCAGAGGCCGGACGCCUCAGAGGAGGACAGCUUCCAGUGGAUGAGCCGUGUGCUGCAAGCCAUCGACAGCAUCCACCAGGUGGGGGUGUACUGCCUGGCACUGGUGCCGGCCAACACGCUGCCCAAGGCCCCGCUGGGGGGCAUCCACAUCUCGGAGACCAAGCAGCGCUUCCUGGAGGGGGCGCUGCACCCCUGCAACGUGCUGAUGUGCCCCCACACCUGUGUCACCAACCUGCCCAAGCCCAGGCAGAAGCAGCCAGAGGUGGGACCCGCUUCUAUGAUAGUGGGGAACCUUGUGGCCGGGAAGAGGAUCGCCCAGGCGUGCGGUAGGGACGUGACCCAGCUGGAGGACAAUGACCAGGCACGUAAGUUCCUGUACCUGCAGGAUGUCCUGCAGUGGAGAGCCCAGGCCACCCCAGACCAUCCUCUGUUUCUGCUGCUUAACGCCAAGGGCACGGUGGCCAGCAGCGCCUCCUGCCUGCAGCUCCACAAGCGUGCCGAGCGGGUGGCCGUGGCCCUCAUGGAGAAGGGCCGGCUCAACACCGGGGACCACGUGGCCCUUGUCUAUCCCCCCGGAAUCGACCUCAUCGCCACCUUCUACGGGUGCCUGUACGCUGGCUGUGUGCCCGUGACCGUCAGGCCCCCCCACCCGCAGAACCUGGCCACCACCCUGCCCACCGUCAAGAUGAUCGUUGAGGUCAGCAAGUCUGUCUGCAUCCUCACCACGCAAGCAAUAAUGAAACUGCUGAAAUCCAAAGAGGCUGCGGCCGCUGUAGACGUGAAAACGUGGCCUACAGUGCUGGACACAGACGACCUCCCGAGGAAGAGGCCCCCCCACAUCUACAAGCCCCCCACGCCAGAGAUGCUGGCCUACCUGGACUUCAGCGUGUCCACCACUGGCAUCCUGGCCGGAGUGAAGAUGUCCCACUCCGCCACCAGUGCUUUGUGUCGCUCCAUUAAGCUGCAGUGUGAGUUGUACCCAUCCCGCCAGAUCGCCAUCUGUCUGGACCCCUACUGCGGGCUGGGCUUCGCUCUCUGGUGCCUCUGCAGCGUGUACUCGGGACACCAGUCCAUCCUGGUGCCGCCCCUGGAGCUGGAGAGCAACGUGUCUCUCUGGCUGGGGGCCGUUAGUCACUACAAGGUGCGAGUGACCUUCUGCUCCUACUCUGUCAUGGAGAUGUGCACCAAAGGCCUAGGCCUGCAGACCGAGGCCCUCAAGAUGCGGAACAUCAGCCUGGCCUGUGUGCGGACGUGCAUGGUGGUUGCAGAGGAGCGGCCCCGCAUUUCCCUCACCCAGUCCUUCUCCAAGAUCUUCAAGGAUCUGGGUCUCUCCCCCCGAGCCGUCAGCACCACCUUCGGCUGCCGGGUGAACAUCGCCAUCUGCCUGCAGGGCACAGCAGGUCCGGACCCCACCACAGUCUAUGUGGAUAUGAGAGCCCUGCGGCACGACAGGGUGCGUCUGGUGGAGAGAGGAUCUCCACAUAGCCUGCCUCUGAUGGAGUCUGGAAAGAUCUUGCCUGGGGUAAAGGUGAUCAUCGCCAAUCCAGAGACCAAGGGACCUCUGGGCGAUUCGCACCUGGGGGAGGUCUGGGUGAGCAGCCCCCACAAUGCCACAGGCUACUACACCGUGUAUGGCGAGGAGGCCCUACACGCAGACCACUUCAACACCCGGCUGAGUUUUGGUGACACGCAGACGGUGUGGGCGCGCACGGGGUACCUGGGCUUCCUACGCCGCACCGAGCUCACGGACGCCAGCGGAGAACGGCACGACGCGCUGUACGUGGUGGGCUCCCUGGAUGAGACCCUGGAGCUCCGCGGCAUGCGCUACCACCCCAUCGACAUCGAGACGUCCGUCAUUCGAUCGCACAAGAGCAUCGCCGAGUGCGCCGUGUUCACCUGGACCAACCUGCUGGUGGUGGUGGUGGAGCUGGAGGGCUCGGAGCAGGAGGCGCUGGACCUGGUGGCCCUGGUGACCAACGUGGUGCUGGAGGAGCACUACCUGAUCGUGGGCGUGGUGGUGGUGGUGGACCCGGGCGUCAUCCCCAUCAACUCGCGCGGCGAGAAGCAGCGCAUGCACCUGCGCGACGGCUUCCUGGCCGACCAGCUGGACCCCAUCUAUGUGGCCUACAACAUGUGAUCCCCGCCUGGACAGAGACGCCAGGAAAAGGAGGGAGAGCAGGCCUGCUUUGCACGCUGCGGGAAGAGGCGAACGUGGGGGGUGGGACUCUGCCCCACGUCUGUUCUUCCCUCAGAAAAUAUGGAGAACCAUUUUGGAGGGCUUAUUGGUUAUACAGUAUGUUAACAUUUGUAUUACUAACCUUCCAUUCCCACUUUCAAAACAAGACCCCUUGUCAAGGCAAGGUGAGGGGCUGGCUAAGGCGUACUGGUUUUGUUUACUGGGUUGAAUGUCAGUAUUGAGUAAAUCGUCUUGCGUGUCCCAGCAUUGCAGCCCACCCCCCCACCGCCUUGCUCCAGCAGCUCAGAUGUGGUCAAGCUAGAGGGAUGGCACUAGGGGGCGCUGUUUCGUCAAUGUGCCUCAUUUCAUUGGGAGGGGCUUAACGCCUCUUUCUCAUGCCUGCAUUAAAGCUUAAGAUAUUUAUUUAGCUCAGAAAUUAUUCAGAUAAUUAAAACUGAUGUCUAGCACAAAAUUUCUGAAAUUUAAGGAAAUUCCUCAUUUAUUUUUCUUUUUUAAAAAACACAUUCCUGCUUGAGUUUUAAACUUCUAAGGAUUCCUGUAUGAUGGCCUGUGUUAUUUUUUAAAGACAGGAUGUCUUCUUAAUAUUUUUCGUCACUUCUGAAUACAAUUGUUGAUUGAUUUUAUUUUAUUUUUUCCCCAUCAUUGACUGUAAUAUGCUAUCAAGAUAUCAGGAAGUAGAACAGCCUAGAGAUCCUGUAAAUGAUUUCAGGCUUUUUUAUGGUCAGGCCUAACAGCAUAAGCAUAAUCCUACAUUUGAAGUUGUACAUCGGGUUGCUUAAGAUUAUGAUUCCCCCCCCCCCCCCAGUGUUUUAAAAUGAGGCCUUAACUUGCUCAGCCAGCUGUUUGUGAAGUUCAUCGAUAAGUUCACUAUUCAGCUGUGAUGAUGUGUGGGAGGUGUGGGUGCACCAUUAGGUCCUGACCCCUCCCCUCCAAUAAAAAUCCCGGGGGUGUGCCACUAUGGGGGAGGGGCACGCCGUGUCUGUACCCCGAGUUUCCCUGUGUGAAAAUGAUCUACGUCUUAUGCAAGUGAGCAUCUCGGGUCAAGCCUAUGCUAUCUAACUAAUGAGCUCACAAUUUAGUCUAUUAUUUUUUCUGUUUAUCCACAUUCUCUACAGAAGAAUGCCGAGGUGUUGAAUAGGUGUCAUAUCGGGUUGGUGAUUUAGGAACGGAAGUGUUCGUAAAGUGAAUCCAUAGAUAUGUCUCGUCUAUAGAUGAUGGGUUUUUUUUUUUUUUUAAAGAUCUGGGUGGUGUGAGUGAGAUGGAAAAGGCUUCUUUGCUGAAUGUAUACAAGGUUGGAUGUACUCUGUUAUUCCAAUGGGAGUCGGAGGCCAAAAGCUCGCUUUAAACUCCCUGCUCUGUCUGAUAGGGCGUUUUUCACGCUCAUAGAAACAUGAACUUCUUUCAGGUAAUUUCCUACAGUGGUUUACGUCACGACAACAAGCUGUAAAUCCAUCUAUCUGGGGCCAGAGGGUAGACAAAUAACACGACAUAGGCCAUCAAUGACUCUUGCAUUCAUUUCGAAGUGUAGCUGCAAAUGUUGUGAAGCGCAGGGGGGGGUUGGGGCAGUUUUACAGGCAAACUCGACCCGGCACCGGUGAACCUGUGAACCUGUGAUGCAAAGACUGCCUCUCAACUGGAUUU